ACUUGUUGCAUUUUUCUCGGGGUAAUAGCUAGCUACUGGGCUAUAGCAAAUGCCAAAUUCUGUGUGGGGGAGAGAGAGAGAGAAAGAUGGCCAUGACUGAAACCGAUCAUGCAAUUUGGGAAGAAAUCGAGCGCUCCGAGAGCUACCUUGUUUGCUCGAUGUACGAGGAGGCAGCAACCUUAGCUUCAUCGAUAUUGAAGCGUCUUUGUGAAGAUAAAGAUAACAAAGGCGUUGAAGCUGGAGAAGAUGCUGGAUUCUAUGAUAUGUUGGAGUCGACCGGUAUGGUGUUGGUCCAGUCCUUGAAGGGACUAGGAAGGACGUCAGAAAUUCUGGAUCAGCUUAAACUACUUUAUGUUUCUGUUGCAGCCAUCCCUGUUCAAGUUCUACUUACUGGGGCUUGCUUUCAGAUAUCAGCAGGUUCUUCUUUUGGUGUUCGGGAAUUUUUGGAGGAGUUCCUUAGCAAGUGGAUUUGUGUGGAUGGACAAUACUAUGUUCUUGUUGGUGCAGAAACAAAUGUACAUUGUAUGGAAAGGUGUGAUGCGCGUUUUAUUCUGGGAGUUGAUCAAUAUAUUGAAGUUGUUGAGGUCUAUGCUGUGACACUUCUUGUGAGAGUUUUGAAUGAUUUGGACCUUGCUGUUUCCUGGGUUGAGAAAGCUGCCCUACCUGAAGAAAAACGACAGGUACUUCUGAGGAAAUUACACUCCCUCCAUUCACUUAAAGCCAUCAACUUGUCACAAGGGCCCUCACCUCUACCGGCAGAUAACCAUGCUCACUUUUCAUCACCAAAAGAACUAAAUGUGUCUGAGGGUUCUCUAAAAGCCAAAUGUGAGCCUAAGCAACAGAAUGUCACAAAACAAGCAGUUUUAAAAUUAUCUGAACGAUUUGAGCCGUGUUUUUGGUGGUACCGUACCAUCACUUUGAAAUUUGGUAAUUCUCGGUUGGUCAUAUCUAAUAGAAAGAUUGUGGUAGGCAGCUUGAUCUUGCUCAUAUUUCAUGUUCUCCGGAAGAAAAAAGCUGGUUUAAAGAGGAUUGUUACAAGACAAGCACUGUUGUUGACGAAAGCCUUGGUAGAUCUGUGGCAGCUUGCGUUUUCAUACCAAGUGAAUCCUCUAGCUGCUGUUCAACCUCUUGCUGCUGCGACUCGCGGAGGGCAGUGAUGAAAUUUUUAGUCAUGACCCUCUUUAGGCUCCAAUAAUACAGAAAUCUUCUCAUGCCAACGGCCCAAAAAAGGCCACAGAUCUACCAAUAAUGCCAUGAAAUUAGAUGAAAUUGUAAUCAUAAACUGAUGUAAAGUUACAUAUUCAAUUAACAGGUGCAAUUCUUUGGACUAGGUUUAUUUUUUAUUUUUUGGGUGAGAAAUUAGAUGAAUUGGGGAAUGCUUGUUUGAGUAAUGCUAUGUAUCAUCAUUUUAUCUUA